CAAACAACACCGAUCCACCACCACCAGCGUCACCAACAACACAAGUAUACCACAACCGAUGAAGGAUUGAAAGCAAUUUGGGGAUUCAUCUUUCACAUAACAAACGCGAGAUAUCGUUCUUGAACGAGAUUUUAGCGAUCUACCCUUUUCUUUGACCUCCCUUUAUUGAGCCCAAUUUUUGUUCGAGAUCUCCUUGACGACUUUACCAGCGGUGGAUCUCAUAUUUUUGGAAAGCGGCUUUCCAUAGAUAUGAGAUCUUGACGAUUUUGACUUUUCACAGAUCUUCGGUGGUGAUCUGCUGUUCCAUCUGCUCCAUGGAGCUGAAGCAGUAGUUGCGAACUGGUACAAGCAUUUUGUACCAGCUUUCGCAAGCGAAGUGCUGGAGGGAAUUUUUCUUUGGGCUACGAAAUGUGCAGAAAGAUAUGAGCGAUUUCAAAACUCUAUCACUUUUAUGAUGCUCUUGUUCUUUACAUCCCGUAAGAUUUUGCUAGGAUUGUUAGGACUGGUUUGGGUGGUACUUUCGUUUUUGCUAGGGUUGGUCUGGGCAACAUUUUCUAUUCUAGUAGGAUCAAUAUGGGCGGCGAUUUCUUUCGUAGUGGGGUUGAUUUGGUCAGCAGUUCCUUUUAUUAUAGUUUCUGCUAUGAUUUUUUAUGUUGUAGUUUUCAUUUGGAGUGGCCAUGCUCAACAUGCGAUUAAGAGAAAGGAAAUUGUAUUCUCUGUAAUUGCCGCUUGCUUUGGGUUACUGCUACUCUACCGUUCAGCAAGCUUCAGUCUGCUUGGCACAGUUUAUCUUAUCGUCGGUAAUAUAUUUGAUGACAAAGGAGAGCAUACCCGAAAGGUGCCAAUCAAAAACCUUUGGGAAGAGUUUUGAUCCUUCCAAUCAUUACUAUUAGAAAGUCAGGCGUGCUUUAGUGUCUUUGGUAAAGCUUUUUUUUCAAUUACCUAAAAAAACCAAGGUAACAGAAAAUUCUCAAAAAAACUGUGACGUAAUAAUAUUAGAACCCUUGAA